AUGGGAUCGUGCCUCUCCGCUUCUCCUUCUUCUGAUCCUUCUUCUUCUUCUUCUUCUUCUCAAUUAUCAUAUGAUUAUAGUAUGGAAAUGCGGUUGCACAGAGUUCCUGGCAGACUCUUCUUGAAUGGUUCAUCUCAGGUUGCAUCCUUGUUCUGUAAGCAAGGCAGAAAAGGGAUCAACCAGGAUGCUGUCCUUCUUUGGGAGAACUUUUGUUCAAAGGAGGAUACCAUUUUUUGUGGUGUUUUUGAUGGGCAUGGACCUUAUGGCCAUAUGGUUGCAAAGAAAGUCAGGGAUUCUUUACCUUUAAAGCUUAUUGCUCAAUUGGAUUUGCAUCCUAACAACAAAGAUCCUACUACUGCCACACUCACAGAAUCCUUUCUGAAGGCUUGUAAGCUUAUAGACAAAGAACUCAAACUCCACCAUCUUAUUCAUUGCUAUUGCAGUGGGACUACAGCAGUUACCUUGGUCAAGCAGGGGCACGACCUUGUUAUUGCAAAUGUCGGGGACUCCAGAGCUGUAUUGGGUACCCGAGAUCAUGAAGAUUCCCUUAUUCCUGUUCAGUUGACCACCGACCUUAAACCAAAUCUUCCAAGGGAAGCAGAGAGGAUAAGGCUUUGUAAAGGAAGGGUGUUUGCCCUUGAGAAUGAACCUCAGGUUGCUCGAGUUUGGCUGCCAAACGUUGAUUCCCCAGGGCUUGCUAUGGCAAGGACAUUUGGAGAUUUUUGCCUGAAGGAAUUUGGAGUGAUUUCUGUUCCCGAUGUCUCAUAUCACCGCCUCACUGAAAAGGAUGAAUUUGUUGUAUUAGCAACAGAUGGGGUUUGGGAUGUUUUAUCAAACAAAGAAGUUGUGGGCAUAGUGGCAUCUGUUCCACGGUCUUCUGCAGCUCGAAUACUGGUUGAGUCAGCUGUUCAAGCAUGGAUGACCAAGCUUCCCACUUCUAAGGUUGAUGAUUGCUCAGUAGUUUGCCUCUUCUUUGAUUCUAAUUCAGACUUUAAAUCACAACGUAAAAAUUUGAUGAUUGGAGGAGUGAAACCUGAACAAAAGCAGCAAUAG